GAGGGCGAGGCAGACGGGUCCGGCUUUCCCCGAGGCCAGGAGAGAACGCAGGGAGAGGAGCCAGCCCGAGCCUCUUCCGGUCUCCCCCAUGAAUCGCAGUAGUAGCGGCCGGGCCGGAAGCGGAAGUGGGGAGAAGAGGGGCGGGGCGGCUGGAGCGGACGGCAGAGGAAUUUGGUGUCCGCUUCUUCGCUGUCGCCAUGAUCAUCCCCGUGCGCUGCUUCACGUGCGGCAAGAUCGUGGGCAACAAGUGGGAAGCCUACCUGGGACUGCUGCAGGCCGAGUACACCGAGGGGGACGCCCUGGACGCGCUUGGCUUGAAGCGCUACUGCUGCCGCCGGAUGCUACUGGCGCAUGUGGACCUGAUCGAGAAGCUGCUGAACUACGCGCCGCUGGAGAAGUGACCCCGCGGGACCCUCCACCGGCCAUGCCGGCCCCGCAAUAAACCGCUGCUCUAGUCGCCCCCCCCACCCCA